AUGUCGGGAAUACAUCUCCGCCAGCCAUUCGCCUCAAAGACCCCCAAAAACGCCAUGAAAUUGUUCUACAUUAUCGUAUUGCUGGCCGUAACGUUUGAGUUUUGUGCGGCCGAGGAGGCGGUGCCGGCAUCGGAAAAUCCGCCUAAAACUGACACUAAAGACGAAGCUGCACCUGUUGCUGACGCGGUAAACAGCUUAGGAACCGAGAAAACCUCUGCGGAUGCCGGUCCAGCUAUAGAAGCCGAUUCAUCUGCCAAAGAAUCAGAGACAAAAGUAGACGAUCAAGAAGACAAGCUAUCCACUCCUGCAGUGGAAAUCACUACCCAAGAGAACCUAUCAGACGAAGAAUCUAGCGAAACUGUAGAAUCUGAACAGUCCGAAGGAUCUGAAGAGGUGGCAUCCGAAUCGAUCGAAGAAAAAGAUAGUGAAGAGAAAGGCGAUUCGACGCUGGAAGAAGAGGAGUAUGAAGCUGAAGCUGAUCGAGAAUCUGAGGAAUCCGAAGAUUAUUCCAGCUCGCAAAGACUGUGGAGGGAUGGCCAACUGAAUAUUAAGAUUUCUCCGGUUAUAACGGUUCUCGGAGCGCUAAUCCUUGCCAUGCCAGUCGCCUUCCUCAUCGUGUUUCUGUAUCGACUGUUCGCACGACGAAAUCAAGUUCAAUAUGUACGAAACCUUGACUAUCAGCCU